AUGGCGUCGGCGUCUUCUGAAAAUGAGGGCGACGCGUUCAACAAUCUCUUGGACGAUUUGGUAUGUCACAUACUAUCCUUUUUGCCAACAAAAAUGGCUUACAGAACAUCUGUUCUAUCUAAAAGAUGGGCUGUGAUUUGCACCAAGAUCCUCGAUUUUCACUUUAUUUUACCAAAGAUUUCAGACCCUACGUCGUCCCGAGAAAUUCAAUCUGUAUAUGCAAUUUUCUUGAGACGCGAGAAUGAUAUAAGAAAACUAAUGCUCGAGAGUGACAAUGGCUGCCAACAACCUGAUGUAUACCACUGGGUCUUAAAGGCAUUAGAUCUCAAGGUCAAGGAACUACAUUUGGAUUUGAAUCAUGCUCGACCGAGUUUCUUGCCACUCAAGCUUUCUACAUCUGAGUCACUCGUUGUCUUGAAACUGGGAGGGAAUAUUCAACCGAAAUUCAGUUAUUGCUCUAAAGUGUAUUUUCCGAAACUAAAGACUCUUCAUCUUCUAUUUCUUGGUAUCAAGUGUUUCCGGCAUCAAGUUGAGUUUACUCUCUUUCCUUUUCUAUCUGGUUGUCCGCUUCUUGAGGAAUUUCUUUUACACGACGUCCUCGUAAAUCAAUCCAUCAAAAUCUCUUUUCCGUUACUGAAGAGAUUAAUUCUUAUUUUGCGUAAGUCUCUUGAUAUUCCCGGUGACAAAACACUUCAAAUUAAUGUCCCAUCCUCACUUGAAGUUUUCCGUAUUUUUGAUAAUGGUAGUACUCCCAUCAAAUAUGAGUGUAUAGAUUUCUUCAAUGUUGAUGAAGCUACCAUUUACAUCAAUAAGCAUCCAGAUUUUGAUAGUUUGUAUCAACUCUUGAAAGGAAUUUCCAAAGUCAAAUCAUUGUAUCUUGGUAUAGCAACAACUAGGUUUCUCAGCAUGGAGGAUAAUCUCGAGAAGCUAAGCCGUCUUCCCACUUUUUCCAAUCUAUUAUUUUUCGAGGUUCAUAUAUCUGAGAAUUGCGAUUGGAAUAUGCUCGUUAGUUUUCUUCAAAACGCUCCUAAACUUAAGAGUCUUGUCAUUGAGAAAAAUUGUGAGAGUAAAAAGGAUGGAAAAUCGGGUUGGGUUGUACCAGCCGAAAUUCCAACAUGUCUUUCGACGAGUCUUAUUACAUUUGAAUUUAGAGGAAUUCAAGACAUGGAAACUGAGUUGGAGUUUACGCGAUAUAUCAUAAAUGAGUCAAGUAAGUUAGAGAAUGUGAAGAUUUUUGCAACAAAAGGAUUGAAAACAGUAAGAAAAAGUUUACGCAAGGGGUCAAGGAAAUCGCCUGCACUAUUAUUGGAUAUUAAGUCAGUUUGA